AUGUCAAAUCGUGGAAAACGAAAAUCCAUUACGUCGACUCAAGUGUCAAUCCUUUUUCUGUUGCCGCUUAAACAAAGAGACAUCUCGAAUGAUAAUACCGGCGAAGGAUCCUCUAAAAACGAUUCAAAUAAUCACCGAGAGUUAGAUGACACCCUACUCUCUUCGCAAAUCGAAUCUUUUAUCGACGUGCAAGCACAAAAUAAUCCCAGUAAAGUUGAAAUAAUCAUAAAGAGCAUGGACGAAAACGUACAAUGUACUACUAUUCUAGGCUAUGUGUAUUAUCACGGGAUCAAAGUUGACAAGGACAUUGAUCAUGCCCUUAUAUAUUAUAGAAAAGCGGUUAAUAAACUUCACGACUCCUACGCUCGACUUUUCCUUGGAUUUCACUAUAUUCAAAAGGAACAAAAUUUUCCAAAGGGUGUUAAUAGUUUCCGAAAAUCGGCAGAAAGCGGUAACCUGUCUGGCCAGCAUUAUCUAGGAUUCUUCUUAAAUAUCGGACACGGCUGCAUCAAAAACGAUAAAGUUGCGUUUCAUUGGUAUCUAUGUUCGGCAAACGGCGGUAAUAAGCUUGGCCAGAAUAGUCUUGCCUUUGCUUAUGAAACUGGUGUCGGGACCAAAAGAAAUAAGAAAGAGGCAUUCGCUUGGUACCGUAAAGCUGCUGAAAAUGGACAUGCGAAAGCGCAACACAAACUUGGCGAAUGUUAUAAAAAAGGCAUGGGAACUAAAAAAGAUAAAGUGAAAGCGGCUUAUUGGUUUGUUGAAGCAGCAAAGAAUGAUGACGAAGCGAAAGUUAAGAAUGAUGAUGACGAUUCUGCUGAAGUUAAGAGAGAUACCGAAGCUGUUAAAGUCAAUAAUGAUGAUGAAUCUGCUAAAUAA